AUCGACGGAGCGGUAAUGGCACUUACUGAGCAUUGCUGUGGACCGCGCACUGGUGUAGAGAACCCGAGGAGGUAACAGUAUUUCACCUCCACUUCAUAGAAGAGGGAACCGGCGCAGAGAGGCAGCGGACCCCCUCCUCCUGCAGAAGGAAGAUUUAAUUCCGUUUCGGAGGAAAAACUGGGGCUCCGACUAAGCACUGGAGGAGAAGAGGAUCCCUGGUCGGAGGGGAAGGCCCUGUCCAAGCAUUCUGCCCUCUCCCUGCCCCGUCGGGUGCCUAGCCAUGGCCAGACCGCCGGCCUCGGGCUCGGUGAUCGUCCCGGACUGGCACGAGAGCGCCGAGGGCAAGGAGUACCUGGCCUGCAUCCUGCGCAAGAACCGCCGGCGGGUGUUCGGGCUGCUCGAACGACCGGUGCUGCCCCCUGCUGUGGCCAUUGACACGGCCAGCUACAAGAUCUUCGUGUCUGGGAAGAGUGGCGUGGGCAAGACGGCACUGGUGGCCAAGCUGUCUGGCCUGGAGGUGCCCGUGGUACACCACGAGACCAUCGGGACGACAGCACCAAUCCCGUGGGGUUGUUGGGAGGCUGGCGCUAGAGAUGGUGGCGGCAACAUGCCUAGCAUGGAGCUGGCACAAAGCAUCCAGACCACCGUGGUGUUCUGGCCGGCCAAGCUGCAGGUCAGUGACCGGGUCAUCAUGUUCCGCUUUGAGUUCUGGGACUGCGGGGAGUCUGCGCUCAAAAAGUUCGAUCACAUGCUGCCGGCUUGUAAGGAGAAAACAGAUGCUUUCCUCUUCCUGUUCUCUUUCACCGACCGUGCCUCCUUCGAAGACCUCCCUGGACAGCUGACCCGCGUCGCAGGCGAGGCCCCUGGUGUCGUCAGGAUGGUCAUUGGCUCCAAAUUUGACCAGUACAUGCACACGGACGUGCCCGAGCGCGACAUCACAGCCUUCCGGCAGGCCUGGGAGCUGCCCCUCCUGCGGGUGAAGAGCGUGCCGGGGCGGCGCCUGGCCGAUGGGCGCACGCUGGAUGGGCGGGCUGGGCUGGCCGACGUUGCCCACGUGCUCAAUAGCCUGGCAGAGCAGCUGUGGCACCAGGACCAGGUGGCAGCUGGCCUGCUCCCCAACCCCCCAGAAGACACCCCCAGCUGACAUGAGUGGGCACGUGCAAUCCCUCCUCCCGGGUCUCAGGGGACCCAGAGCAGGAGACAGGACCCAGUCCUAGGGCUGGGACAGGGACAUUGAACUCCUCCUGAGGAUUGGCCAGGGAGGCUGGUGGCCGGUGAAGACUCUGCCCCCGCAGCACCUGCUGUGCAGAACCCAUGGCGGUGCGGUGGGGGCACAGGGCUUUCCGGGCAGUGGUUGGAGGCCCCCUGCCUUCUCCCAGGUCCUGGGGGUCGAGGCUCUGGAAACUGGGGAACCGCUUGGGCGGGGCCCCCAGACUCAAGCAUCUCCACCAACCUGCUGUCCCUCCCCUUCCGCAGCACACGGGGAGGGUGACAGGGGAGCAGGGGAGGCUCGGCUCGGCCCUGGACCUGAAGUGACUUCACCUGAGAGCCCGUAUUACAGGGUGGGGAGAAAGUAGGCUUACAGUUGUUUGUGUGGAAAACGAUACAGUAACUAGCAUAUAAUAAUACAAGAAUAAACUAUUUCACAUAUUCACAGCGAUCCACCUUUUGCCCCACUGUAGCUGAGGUGAUACCAUCCUCCGCUGUGCCAGA